CAGUGUUUUCUGCUGACCAAUAUAACAUGCAAGAUUUUCCUCCAGGCUUCGUUUUUGGUGCUGCAACUUCUGCUUAUCAGGUGGAAGGAGCCGCAAAUGAGGAUGGACGUAGUCCUGGUGCUUGGGAUGUCUUUUCUCAUGGCAGUGGAGCUAUGGGAGUUGACGGGUAUCGCAAAUAUAAGGAAGAUGUCAAACUGAUGAGUGGAUUAUGGACCCAUCUGGGUCUGUUCUUCGUGGAAGAACAGACCUGGGAUUUGUUCUUCCACGAAGAACAGAUCCCAGAUCUGUUCUUCCACGAAGAACAGAUCCCAGAUCUCCGGAUCUGUUCUUCCACCAAAAACAGACCGGCCGGAAAAAAUUCCGUCCAUGGCGGUGGUCAGACGUGGUGGCCGGAGAGCGGUGGGGGUGGUGGUGGCGGUUCGGGUGAAAGUGGUUUGGUUGGAUGUCAUUGGGUUGAUUUGAUUGGGUUGGGUGUUUUAGGGUAUUUUAGGUGUUUUAAUUUUUUAGGGUAG